AUGGGCCUAUCGUAUAAUACUUAUCUCAACGGUACCAAGAUUUACGGCUGCAAAUCCUGCAAAGCACAUCUAGCCAACCAUGAAGACAUCAUAAGCAGGAACUUCCGCGGCCAGCAUGGCAAGGCGUACCUCUUCCACAGUGUCGUCAAUAUCGAAACCGGCGAGCCAAGCGAACGAAAUAUGACCACUGGAAGACAUGUUGUUUGCGACAUUACCUGCCGACAGUGCAAAGAAACGGUUGGCUGGAAAUAUGACAAGGCAUAUGAAAACUCGCAAAAGUAUAAAGAGGGUAAAUUCAUCCUCGAAGCUGAGUUACUGUGCAACGUUGCUUGA